AGAUAGAAACCCUAAGCCUAAGGCGGGGGAGAGGCGGCGGCGGCGGCGGCGAUCUCAACAGCCAACAUCCCCAUCCCCAUCCCCAAGAUCUGCGAUGGCGGAUGGCGGCGGCGGCGGCGGAGAGUAUAGCAAUCUCAACAACCCUAUCACCUCCCCCACAAGAACUGCGGCGGCGGAUGGCGGCGGGGAAGACAUCGAGGAGGGGAGGCCUUGGCUGGUGAGCCCUCCGCCGUUCAAAAUCCGCCGCAAGCUGAGUGAUCCAGGUGCGUUUGCGGCGGCGGCGAAUGGCGGCGGGGAAGGCGUCGUGGAGGCGAGGCCUCCGCCGGUCAAAAUCAGAACCGCGGUGGCCGAUGGCGGCGGGGAAGACGUCAUGGAGGCGAGGCCUCCGCUGGUCAAAAUCCACAAGCUGGGUGCUCCAGGUACGAGUUCAAUUCGGCCUGAGGAUCAGAUUGAGGUCAUGCCUGCCAGCGACUACGAGAUGAAUUCGAUGCGUCCGGAGCACUUGGGGAAUGACGACAUGGACUUCAUUAAUCUGAUGCAUCCGGUGAUCCCAUGCGGUGAGGUUCAGAAGGACGAGAUGGGCUUAGGCAAACACUCCAUCAUCUCUGAGCAGCAGAUUGAGAACAAGACGACACUGGGGGAGGGGGAGGUCGAGAUGGACCUAGGCAAAUCAAACUCCAUCAUCUCUGAGCAGGAGAUCAAGGAGCUCUGCAAGCAGAUGAACAGUAUGGUCGUUUUUAUGAAUUUCAGGAUCGUACCAUCAGCCCCACUGUGCAGCAGCAGCAGCAGCAGCAAGGAGAUGAAAGAUGAGGACAAGGCGCAGCCCGUGAUUGACGGCAUCUUAAAAGAGUUAGCUGAUCUGCAGGGCAGCAUGUCCAAGCUCAAAUCGCAACUGAAACCUUUCUGGCACACCUACCCGUAUGAGGAGGAUUAUGUGGCGCCGGAGGAGGAGAAGGAUCCCAAGGAGAAGGCAAGGAAGCAGAUGGAGGAUGAUCAGGAGGUCUAUGAUUCCUACCUUCAAGGCCUUGGAUCUAAAGUUGGACACUUUGGAUACGCAACCCUAGUGAGCCCCAUGCACUUUACACACUACACGCCCAGACAGAUCCCAUCCGAUUAUACUACUCGUGGGAUCACCUUGCAGAUCUUCUCCUUCAAGAUUGCCAAGAUCAGUUUGGACCUGGAAUGGCCACUCCUGCAAUGGCCACUCAAAGUGUAUGGCGUCAUCGCCGCACGAGACAGUGUGGACCGCAAGCGCAACGUUCUCUUCCACCGGCUAAGGGACAACUUCCAAGAGAUCACCGAAAAAGACUCCUUUUUGUGCUUGACUGGCCCAUCUCGUGCAAUCUCAGCCGAAUCCCCUCUUGAGUUUGAAGUUGAACUAAAACUCAAGGGCGGCGAAGCAAAGUCUGAAGACAGCGUGUUGAUCAAUAGAAAAGGCCAUUACAAUGGUUAUGAUACCCAUAAUGGUUUCUAUACUGUCACUUUUGACAACUGUCUUUGCACAACCGAGUUAAGCCUGCAGAAACUGUAUAGUGGAGCAGUCCAAGCCACUUUCUUGCGUGUCGGCAUUGUUAAAGGCAGUCAAAGCCCUUUCAGUUAUGGAGGCAGAGUUGCUUGCUCCUCACCACCUCAGAAAGAUGGUAGUGAAGGCCCUGCCACUCCCACCCAAGUUGUAUUGCUUGAUUCUCGUUAUUGUGCUGGCGGGAAGAUGCCAAUAGGCGAAGAAGAUGGUUACCUUGAUCUGUCAAGGCAUGUUGUUUCUGUUGAAUUACGAACAGUGAGUGAAGAUUCUGAAGAAUUGGAAGAAACCCUGAAAGUUGUCAUAGAAGCCUACUCUCCUGUUGGUCCUGUGCAAGCUUCUGUCAUGGUCAGGCCUCAGUACUGCGGCAUAAGUAAACAUAAAUGUGACCUCGACGGCUCUAAGGUGAAGAUAACCAUUGCUUGGUCACCUAUUAUUAGCAGUGCUUUCACCAAAAAGGCUAUUCUGUGAGAGGGAUAUGUUCGAUGGUGCUCAAGUAUUUGCUCAGCUAUGUAAGAUGUGAACUUAUUGCUGUAUCGAUCUGCUAUGUAAUGUGUUUGACUGUGUGUAUCGACUCUGUUUUAUAAGCCAAGUCUAGAUGGUGUAUUUCUACUUA